AUGGCUCACCCCACGUUGCUGCUUGCACUGGCGGCUUUUGCUGUGAGAUGUGCUGCGGACAUGGUCGCAGUGACAGGGGCCACCGGCAAGCUCGGACGGCACGCUGUGCAGCAGCUUGUGGAGCAAGGUUACUCCGUCCGCUGCCUCUGUCGCUCGGCGCCGACAAAGCCCAGCAGGGGCGAGGAUGCCACGGCCGGCGAGGUCGCAGCAUGGUUGGCUACGCUACCGGGAGUCGAAGUAUUUCAGGGCCAGGUGACCGAGAAGGAGAAAGUCAUGGAGUUGCUGCGAGGCUGCAGCGCUUGCUUGGCUCUUCACGGCGCCAAGCGUUACACUAAGCCCGAGGACUUGCUUCCCUGGGUGGAUGAGUCGACAGAUGCCAAUCACGGGAAGCAGGUGAACUGCGAAGCUGUGGGGUAUCUUCUGAACGCAGCUGUGGCGAACGGCUGCAAGCGGCUCGUCCGAGUCACUGGCAAGGGCGAAGAUCCCUGGUCUCCCUUUUCGAUUCUGAUCAAUGGCCUUGGCUCGAUGGCAAAGGCAUGGAAUCAGGAGGGCGAACGUCGGCUGCGUGGCCAAAGCCAGGUGGAUUACACCAUCAUCCGGCCUGGCUACAUGGGAAAGGUGGAUGCCACCCUCGACGAUGAGGUCUCGCUGGCUCUUGCGGAUGAUGGGGGAGAUCUGAAAGUUUCGGCCAUUCCGCACCGCUGCGUGGCGGAGCUCUGUGUGCGAUGUCUCGCCUAUCCGAAUGCGGCACGUGCCACGCUGGUGGCGAUGACGCAGCCCGGCGAUGGUCCAAGGCCGCGCAGAGCCAUGCAAGGUCCAUUGCUCCUUGUGGUUCUCUUUGCUUUUUGCAAUGUCGCGGGAGCCGAAGAUGCGGCAAGCUGUGAGGGUGACGACCCUGCCCUGCUCCAGUCCAAGCAGACAAGGUCGCUGGGGAACCUUUCCUUGCAGAACGUUCAACUACACAGCUUGCCGAUUCCCCCCACAACAUGCGCGCACUGCUGCUGGCAAGAUGGGGAAGAGGUACCGUGUUUGGAUGUGGAGGGAUGCGCUGCCAGGGGCCCGCAGAAGGGUAAAUAUGCAAUUGUGCUCAGCUUGGUUGGGGCUGCUGUGCAGUCGGCCAAUGAGACGAGAUUCAGAUACUUUGCCUCCAUGCGGGCAGCUGCGAAACUGGCAGGGGCAGACAUUCUCCUGCUCGUGGACAAAAGAAACAGUGCGACCUUGAGCCCUUUUGUGCUGAAGCUCGUCCAAGACAAGGAGUUGAAGCUGUUGCUGGUGGAUUGGGAGGUCCCCCCGCAGAUGACAUGGACCAAUUCUAAAGUGCCCUGGUGUGGCCGGCAAGACUUUAUCCGUCUGCAUGUGCUAGGUCUUCAAGGGUACGAUGCCGCUGCUUACUACGACACGGACGUGGAGUUCCGAGGUGACAUUACGCCCAUGCUGAAAUGCGCUGCCACUGGAAAGUUCUUGUCCUCCAGCGGCGGUAUCGGCGAGCCUCUGAAUGUCGGCUUCUUUGCUUUGCGGCCGGACAGCCGCCUCCUCUCAGCCGCGCUUGCCUUGGCCGAAAUUGGCUUCGACAAGCAGACCUCCGAGCUGAGAAUUCCUGGGGGCGGGAUUUGA